GGGAAGCACUCCAAUUCGGAAUAAAUGAUACAGUCCCAUGUGUUAAGAAACUUGUGCAGGUUAAUUUGGUAAUUUUAUAAAUUUCCUUUCAAAAUUAAUCCAAGAGCCAGAAAUAUGACUGCCUUCAUGCGGACUUUGAAAACAGUUCAUAUCACAUCAUUGAGUGUUCAAAGUCGAAGCAUUUAUAUGUUACCAAGGAGAAACGCGACAGAUUUUAUUUGUAGCUUCUUUUAUCGGAGUGAUGAGAGCUGUUCCCGCCUGAACUGUCGGCGUAAUAAUUGUCGAAGCCCGGCUAAAACUCAACUGCUCCCGCGCCAGCUGCAUAGAUUGUUGUGUUCUACGGCCACUUGCAACAGUGGAUCAUCAACUGACAAAAGGUCAGAGAGUAAAGUACCUAAAAUCUAUACAAGAACUGGUGAUAAGGGUACAUCUGUUACGAUAGCUGGGGACAGGAGGCCAAAGAAUGAUCAAGUCUUUGAAGCUCUUGGGGCCACAGAUGAACUUUCCUCACAGAUAGGGCUUGCAAGAGAGUUUGUGCUGGAAUCAAAUUUAGAAGCGACAAAUCUACAGCUAGAGGAGAUUCAAUGCAUUCUUCAAGAUGCAGGUUCCAACAUUGCCACUCCUAAGAGUUUAGCUUCCAAGAAUCAGCUGGCGAUGACGGAGUUCAACAGUGACACCGUAGAGAUGUUGGAGACUUGGAUAGAUGAAAUGACGACGUCUCUGCCUCCACUAAGAAACUUCAUCCUUCCGUCGGGAGGGAAGGCUAGCAGCACUCUCCAUGUCGCAAGAUCAGUAUGUCGAAGAGCAGAGAGAAGCAUUUCACCUCUUUGCACAAGUGAUGAAAUUGAUCCUGCAGUUGGUAGAUUCAUCAACAGGUUAAGUGACUACUUGUUCACAGCUGCUAGAUACGUUGCCCAGGAAGAAGGAAAGAAAGAAACUAUCUACAGACGAGUAAAGCCGAAAGACAAGAAGUGAGACAAGGAAAAAAAAGUCUCUCAUUUAUGCAGUUUUAUGUUCAAUGUACCUCUCUAUCACUCAUUCCUUAUUCUUCUUUUCUCCUCACCCUUAUCUCCUCACCUUUAUUUAUUAAUGAACUAUUAUUGAUUGUAUGAUGAGCAUGAAAAGAUGAGUAAGCAAGCUCCAGGAUAUCUUUUAUUCUUCUCCCAGGAAAGAUGACCUUAAAAAGGUCCAUGAUCUUGUCGCCUUGUAUUACCAUCCUGAAAGUUUUGUUAUUUUCAUUCUCGCCUAUCACAUUUGACAAGUUAGAUUAAAAAGAUCUUGGAUCUUGUCUCCUUGCCAUACCUUCUUAAAAAAAAUCAAAAUGGCAAUAUACAAGAUCUUGUUUUUUUUUGUCCUUUCACUUUUACAUUUAUUGAGUCAAGUUGACAAGUUUGUGGAUCUUCGUCGUGUUGCAUAAAGUUACUAUAAUAGUAACUUUGCCAUCAAAUUGUAACUUUCCUGAAAUCUUGAUCUUGAUUGGCUAAUCAGUAUUAUUACCAUUGUAGUUAUCAUUGGAUGGCAAAGUUACUGUAAUAGUAACUUUUAUGCAACAGGGCAGUUGUCUCCUUUUCUUACCAUCUUGAAAAAAUGUCAACAUGACAUUUUCCAGAAUCUUUUCUAUUUGUCUCCUCAUGUUUCAAAUUUGACAAGUCAACUUUACGAUCAUCCAUCUUACAUUCUUGUCUUCUCAUCCUGACAAAUUUAUUGUCUUCCCAGCAAAAAAGUCUAUUUGUUAAGAUCUAUCACCUUGUCUUAGAGGCUGUUCUCACUACGUUCCUAAAACUACUUUACUGGAAACCGAUUCAGGAAACCACUUUGGAAGAUCG